CUGAGUAAAUUUGAUUUGUACAGUGGUGAAGAUAACAAUUUUUUCAGAAGUCUUUUACUGGGUCCAGUAGAUCCAACGUCUACCAUUUAUCUGUUUUGGUUGGCUGCAACAGCGUUUGCAACAUUUUACAACACAAUUGCUGUAGUUGCAUUCAUUUUUGACGAUAUUCGAUAUAAUCUGUUUUAUCAUUGGUUAUGCUGUAAUGCAGUUUGUGAUCUAAUCUAUCUGUUUGAUAUAUAUGUACAAGCAAGAAAAGGCAGCUUGAAUAAUGGUGAAGUGGAAAAAGAUGUUAAAAAAACCGCUAAAUGCUAUUUUAAAAGGUAUCCCAAUUUAAUGCCAACAGAUUUACUAUUGCUAUUAUUUUCAAAUGUUUCAUUGUCCAGACUGAAUCGCUUAUUUAAAUUUUAUCGACUAUGGGAAUUUGCUGAAAGAGCACAAAUGCGAACACAGUGGCCAAACAGUUUUAAGAUAUUUUCAUUGAUUGUCCUUUGUUUAAUACUUUUCCACUGGAAUGCAUGUGCAUAUUUCUACAUCAGUUUAAUUACUGAUAUAGAUAUCAAUGGUAAGAAACAGCAACGGAUAAGUCUUUUUCGCAGUCAUUUGUUCCUUUUUUUAAUCAGUAGUGUAGUAUUCGAGAAGGGGGACACUAAAAUCGGUAAAAAACUGUCUCGUGAAUUAGUUUUCAGCAAUUUUAGUAAGGAAUAUUCUCUUAGCUUUUACUGGUCUUCGCUUACUUUGACAACAAAAGGCCAACAGCCUUAUCCAACAGAUUCAGAGCAAAAUUGGCUGGAAAUAAUUGAUACACUAAUUGGGCUGUUAGUGUUUGCUACAAUUGUCGGUUCAGUUGGUGCUGUAGUAUUGAUGAUGAGUCGAAAACAAGCAGAAUUUCAACAGCUUCUUGAUGGAAUUAAAUUUUACAUGAAUUAUCGGAACGUUACACCAGAGAUUCAGAAACGGGUAAUCAACUGUUGUGAAUAUGUGCGCGAUCAGAACAUUAUAUCGCAAACUGAAAAUAUUAUAGAAACACUUCCAACGAGACUGCAAGGUGAACUUGCUGUACAACUCCAUUUGCAGACUUUAAAUUUGGUGCAGGACUGCGAAGCCGGUUUAUUGUACGAGCUGUUACUUCGUUUACGAUAUCAACUUUAUAGUCCGGGUGAUUUGCUUUGUAAAAGGGGCGACUUAGCCAGAGAAAUGUAUAUUAUUGAAAGAGGUCGACUUAAUUGUGUUAGCGAUGACGGUGGAGAAAUAUAUAGAGUCUUAGAGGCUGGUGAUGUUUUUGGGCAAUUAGCUAUACUAAAUUUGUCGGGCGAUAUCAGCGGGAAUCGUCGAGAAGUGGCACUUUGUGCAGCUGCCUAUACUGACAUUUAUUCGCUACAUCAGGAUGAUGCCAUGGAAGUUUUACAAGAUUAUCCUGAAGAACGCAGGAAACUAAUUAAGCGAGAAGACUAUCUUAUACUUUCAGAAAUGCUGUUAUGUAAUAAAUUUAAGAAACAAGAAAAGAAAGCCACUGUCACUAAUGCAUUUGCAGGUAUUGAACUGUUAAAAUUUGAACGUUUGUAUGAUCCAGUUCUUGCUGAUCAUAGAACAGAUGAAUGGAAAAUGCUUUGUCGAGAAGAACAGCUAAUAGAAGUUGGAAAAUUUUUAGAUGAAAUUGAAAAAGGACUUGACGACCUUUAUCAGGAUUUUAACGUAAAAAAUUUUUGA